AUGCCUACACGGUACGACACCACUCCGCCAUGGGGCAAAAAGCGCAAGCGUGAGCCUUCAACCUCUUCCAACUCGACAAACAAGUCGAUUGCAUCUCCAUCACCACGACACUUUGAAGCACAAGACAACAAAGGCCUCUCGAUGGACGACCAUGACCCUCGCCAACGACAAACACCGUGGGCCAAGCACAGUGACCCUCUUAGUCCGAGAUCACUAAUCAGCGACCACGACGAGUUACACCAGGCUGCCAAGGACAUGUUAGACUGGACACGCUCAGAUCGUCCCAUUGAGGAGUCUCUUGCCCAUAUGGAGCGCAUCGUUGAGGUUUGCCAAGAUGAAGCAUCGUGGUCGGGCGAGAAGAGAUGGAAACAAGUGAUAAUGGCAUACAAGUCUUGCGGGGCUUCUGCAGAUGCUGUACAGGACCUGAAGGAUUCACGAGAGCCUUUCUGGACCCAGUGUCGAGUCAAGCAUGCCUCAGCCACCAUAGCUACUCGCAGAGCUCUGGCUGAUUCAAUACGUACUAUGGUUGCUGAGAGCGAGCGAGCCAACGGGUACUACCUCGACACCGAGGUCAAGGACGAACUGAUCAAAGCCGUCGAGCGUGUCUUUCCUCGUACUGAACCCAAAAUCUUGAUACCAGAUAGUCCGGAGCAACCUGUGUGUCAUCUCAGCCAGCGCCAAAAGCCCGUUGCGCCUGUCGCGCGAAUGCUCAAGAUCGAUACGCCACCCUCGCAUCAAACACCUAUCCCAGCUGCUCCCCAACAAGUUGCACUCCCAGCAACAGAUCCGUGCCUUGCAUCGAGACCUCCAGGUUGGGCACCGGCUGCCGAGAAGACACGAAAUGACAGUCUGGCCGACUCUUCUAGUUCUAGGAAGUCUUCAGCUGCGUCUCAGCCAGCACCUUCGCCAGAUAUCGAGCCAUCGCAAGUCAUAAAACCAAAACGCUCCAGUCGUUUCGCUCCACGAGCUGCCGAAUCGAAUACUCAUGUCAAUCACGUCGUCCCACCAAGCCCUUCUGCCUCGCCCAAGCCACCCGCACUUCCACUUCCAAUUCAAUUCAAGAUUGCUACUGGAUCGAACCAACCACCCAUGAAGCGUCCUCGUUUAGAUCUAGAUGUCAACCUCCCACGCAAACCUAUCAAUAACGUCUUUUCGACCCCAUCAUCACCUGAACACCGUAGGUCGUCGGGCCUCAAUCCCAACAACCAACCUCUUGCACGCCGUAGGUCGUCGGUCCUCAGUUUGCGCGACCAACCACCAACAGGUCCGCGUAGUCUGCCCCUGUUCCAGGCCAAAAUCGUCGUUCCCAAAGAACCCCUUAUGAACCAAGCACGCCAAAAGCAAUACAUCCUUGAAGCUUGCGAUUAUAACAACAUCCCUGCUCAAGACGCUACGCCCUGCUCUUCUGACGAUGCUACAUGGAUACUGCACUUCCGAGAUCUCAUAGAGUUACAGGCAUCGCUUGGAAAGAUGACUAUAUUGCACAACAUCAGCAUACCCAUGCUUACAUAUGCGCCAGCUCAGCCUUUCCAGGUCUUUGGCCUUGUGGAAAAGCCUUCAUUCAUGACAUCAAAGAUUGAAGUAGACAUCAUCAACACGGUGGCUCGCACAUUCCGCCACCAAAAAUUCAUUUUGCUUAGGCAAAGAAGUUCAGUCGCCAGAACCAACAAGAAAUGGUUGAUCGUCUUUGAGCAGCCCCUUGAUCGCGACAACUUUACUCUUGACAUGAAGAUCAAUGGCUUCCGUGAGAAGUUCGACUUUUUCGGAUUGGCAUGCUCGCAGGAGAUGGAGUGGUGCUGGGUGUGUAAAGGACAUGAUCAUCAUGUUCCCAACUGUGAAUACGUCGAUGCUGUCGAAUUGCUGCAUCAAGACAGUCAGUAUCUCCCGACCGUUCCAAAGCUGAGAUGA